AUGGCGACACAUCCCAAGGUCACAAAGACAUAUGCUGGCAAGAAGAGAAAGAAGCCCGGUCCUAAAGGCAAGUUUGGUGGCACCCUCCUCCAGUAUCUCUAUUCCAAAUGUACUGAGUGGGAGGCCUGCAACUCCGUGAAGAAGACAGGCGAUUUUUACACGAAGGUCGCCAAGUACCUACUCGCCAAGCAUGGCUGGGAUUUCUCGCUUACCGACAACGACGCUCUUGUGGCGGAUGAUCCCAAUGGCCUCGAAGAUCCUUCUCCCGAGGAAAUUGCAGCUCUGAUGGACUUCUCCAAGCUCAAAGACGCUGAGGUAGCGUGUCGCCGGGAGGUAUUCCAGAAGUUGCGUUUGAGUAUGGGCCAGUGGUAUCACCACCACUGCAAGAAGAUUGUCACAUCUGACUCCGACAAGAAGGCCGAGCUCACUGGCACUUGCGCGAAGAUCAUGCAAGCGUUUACGGACCUAGCGCCCGGCAUGCCGCACAAGCUGCAGAUUCUUCACGUCUACUCUCACGAAUAUUAUCGCGAGCGCAUACAAGAUGCUUACAACCUCGAAAUGAAGAGGCUAACUGACGAGGCCAUUGCGAACGGUGGCCCCAUGCCACCAGUGGUGGCCACCAUUGUAUUACAAUUGCCCACAACACUGGGCAGGCCAUUGUGCACAACUCACCAGCCAUUGUAA